CAAAUGUGUUACACUUAAAACCGUCCUACGCGCUGCUGAUUUUGUGGCGGAGGUGAUUAGGGUGUUUGUUUUUUAAUUAUUAUCACUGUUUUUUUUUCACCCCUAACAUUUUAUUAUAGAUCGUUGAAUGAUGGGAAUGAGAUAAAAAAAAUGUCUGAAAGUGAGUGGCAGGUCGCUCGGCGUCGAAAAGGGCAAACAAGGAAGUUUAAAUCUCAUGUGCCUUUAAGUUCCACCAGCGUCCAAGAAGACCAGCUUGAUGUCGAGAAAGUUGUCAGACGGAUCAGGACCACUGUGACUGAGUUGAGAUGCGAAGAGUUUUGGCACAAAUGGAAAGAUGAGCUGCUGAUGGCAUCCACAGCAUCAGCAUCUGCAGAGAAGGACGUCACUGAGGAGCAUCUGAAGAACACAGGUGAUCAGCUGGAGUGUGUGUGUUAUGGCCUUGGCUCCUUUUCUUCUUGCACUGCAGCCCGGUAUCAGCUUGCCAUGCUGCUUCUGCUGCUGGAAGUAUUACAGGUUUCCUUAAGGGAUUGCUUGGUUUAUGAUCCCAUAUUCUCCUCUGGAGAGCAGGAUGUCUUGAGGGAGCUGGGAAUGACUGUACUCACAGAAAACGAGGAGGGGAAGCGUCUGGUGACCAAGCCCACUCUUUUUUAUCUCAUGCACUGUGGGAAGGCUCUGUACAACAACCUACUGUGGAAAAACUGGAGCUUACGGGGAUUAUACCAGCUUGUAAUCAUUGGAAACAGCUUCAAUGGUAUGAGGGAAAGAACGGUGGAAAGAGUGUUCAAACAGGAAUACAGCUACAUCAGUAAAGCUGUGGACCUCUGUGAGGAAAAAAUGCUGCCUUGUCCUUCUCACAUGAUAGAUGUCUUCAGUGAUACGGCAGUCAUUGCUUUUCCUCCCCACAUCUUACACAAAGUGCCACAGACUAACUGGGCUGAGUCACCUGAACCUGAAUACAGAGACCGCCAGGAUUUGGAGAUAAUCCUGAAGGAAACUCAGAGCUGACUGGACUUCAUUGAAAUAAAAUUUUGAUAUAAAUUUUCAAA